AUGCAUCGCUCCAUCACCCUCGAUUAUAUCACCGUCACCCAAGGCGUAGUCACGCUGAGCACGGACGAUGGGUCCACGGUGACGCUGCGGGCGGGCGACACGGUCGUGCAGAGGGGCACCAUGCACAAGUGGGGGAAUCCGUCGGAUGAAUGGGCUAGGUUGACUUCGGUAAUGGUGCAGGCAAGGCCGGUGGUGGUGGAUGGGAAGGAGAUGGAGGCUGAUGUGCUGGCUGACUUGCUGAGUUAUUCAGUCCCGGGGCUUGUACGAGGAUAUGAGCGGUGUGAUGGGUUUGUGUGGAAGGCGUAUAGGGACUGA